AUGGUUUCAAAUGAAACUCUAAAGGUUUCGUAUUUCUCCUCGAAACCUUUUUUUGGUGUCCUGAGCUUUAAAAAAGGUUUCGCAGGUAAAGGUUCUUCCCCUCGAUACACGGGAAGAUCCUUUAAUGGUUUCGUAGAAUUUUUUAUUGUGUUUUUCAAACUUGGAACAUGUUUGGAGACUAUUUCGUCACGACGAAACCUUUUUUGGGAGUUCAGUAGACCACCUAUUUUACUUAGAGUGUACAUUAUUAUACUACCUUCCAAUUUUACAUUACAGUUCAAUUAUAAAGAUGUUCCUGUUGGUACAGAUCCUGUUAGUUAUGCUCUUUAUUCAAGUGAUCUUGAUAUUACUCAAGCCGCAUUAAAGGGUUCUCAACUGUUGUGUACAUUUGCUUUUUUACAAGCAGUUGUAACAAAAUCAUUCAUUUGUUAUACAAUGCAUGCAAACAGGGAGAAAAGUAUUUGUAAUCGAAUUAUUCGAUACUGCCAAAGAGGAUUUACUUUUCUCGAACCUUAUGAAUCUGAUAGUCUCUUGAUUAUUGAUAUUAUGAAUGGUACUAUUCUUCUCAGCAAAAAAAAGGAGGUCUACCGAACUAUUUUUGGUUCUGUAUCACUUUCAGAACCAUUUAAAGUUCUGCAAAAUAUCACAAAAACCAAUGAAGGUUCAGCUCAAUAA